AUGAAAAGAAUAACGCUAUUUUCGUUCAACGUGAUCUCUAAGACAGAGAGUAAUCCAAGACCUUAAAGACUGUCAGAUCCAAAUCCAAUCAAUAGCAAUAAAGGAUUUAAGAAAAAUAAAAUUUCUAGCCAACAGCAAUAGCAGCAUAUCUCUACUCUUAAGGACAUUGAGGGAUUGUAAAAUUCAGAUAGCUAGAUCCACAGUAAUAAAAACGAGGAUCAUUAACAGAACAAAUCUGGGGACUUGGAAAAGAAAAAUUAAAAUCCUUUCAUAAACAACCUAAAUUUAGAAAAGCAAUCUCUUAAGUGCUCAUAAUCUCAGUCUAAUUUCUUUUUGAAUUCUGGGAGACUUGAUUUUAAUAACUAGGACUAACAUAUCAACGCAAGAAAAUAAUCAUAAAAAAAUAAUGACUUAGAAAUCAAUAGUCUUAAGAACCAAAGAUUUAGCUUACAGAGCAAUUUCAACUAUGCCCCUUAGCCAGGAAAAUUUUCAUUAUCAAAGUUUGGAGAUCCUUCAUCUCCCAAAGUAUAGCCUGAGAAUUAAUUUUUCUAAAAUCUCAACAAAGAAUCCCUUACCUAGAACUAAAAAUCGUAAAGCAUAUUUGAUAGACUCUACAGGUCUUCACAAAAUAUGCCCUUAAAGAGGAUUAAUUCAAAUGCUAUACUCUCUGAUUAAUAUGGUCCUACAAGCAAUGGUAUGCUUUCGGAUAACAAAUAGAAAGUUUAAAAUUCUAAUAGAAAUGGUAAUACUGCACUUAAAAACAACAUGAGCAAUAUUAAAUCCUUCGAGACAGGCGAUUGCUCCAUAAGCAAUAGAUAGAGCAAGAAUCUAUAGUUCUCAGAUUUUACAAAAGCUGUCAAUCACCAAAGAUAUAGCACUGAAGAUUAAGCCUUGCUAUCAAGGAGCAAUUUACUUUACAAUAGUAAAAGCUUAGCCCAACUAAAGACAACAAAUGAACUUAGUCCCAAAAAUAAAGAUCAUAAAGAAUUUCUUAGGCAUCAAAGGGAAUAUGAGGAAAAGCUGAGAGAGGUUAAAGAGUAAAGACUACACGAGGAUUAAAUUAUGAGAGAGGAGAUACUUGAAAAAUAAAAAUUAGCGAAGCAAGAAUCAUAGAUGAAUUAUAAAGACUUGAUGGAGAGAAGACUACUAAGGUCAAAGAUCACAAAGACUUUAAAGGUACAUUAAAAUAACCUAUGCAAAAAGCAGAACAGAAGAAAAGAGAGGCUUUAGUAUAUAAAGAUCAAAGCUGGAUAAGGUAUAUAAGAAAUGGAGGACAGAUAUGAUCACAUGAAGCAUCAUCAAAAUUAAAAGCAAGCAACUGAAAAUAGUGAAGAGGAUGAAAACCCCCUAAAGAAAAAGCUUAUUUCUGAGGAAUCAGAUGGAAGACCAAAAAGUACAAUUGUCAGAAUGAGAUUUCAGGAAUAAGAUCCAAAUGAAAUAAUAGUGAACAAGUUUAAUGAUCAGGAAUUGCAGAUGAUUAAUGAAGAUCCAAAUUACUUUAUUAAAAGUAAGAAGAUCAGAAAUAACAUUCAUUUAUUUGAAAGCAACGAGGAUGAGUUUAGUGAGGAUAAAAAUUCUAAAAUUCGAGGUAAAAUCAUAAAGGACGGAUUCUUUUCCAAGGAAAAAGAAGAUAGAGUAUGGGAAUAGAUUCAGGAAUUUGAAACUAAAUAUGGAAUAGAUCACAUGCCUGACUGGAUGCUGAGAUAGUAUAGAAGACAAUAGGAAAAGAGAUUUGGUGGUAGUCAUGUAUUCUAGCAUAGUCUUACUUCUCCUAUGAGCAAAAAUAACUUUGAGAGGGAAAGUAUUACAUAAAGUACACAGAGAAAGAAAAGUUUAUGGAAAAUGAAUUUGACUGGAUUGAAUACUCAGUAGUACUAGCAGAAUGUUUAGGGACCUGCUAUUUUUAGCAUGAGAGUUCAUGAUCCUCAUGAGCAAAAGCGAAAAUAAGAAUAAAUACUUCUCUCAAUCUAAAAGACUGAGGAGUUGAAGCGGUAAUCAGUUUUAGAGAAAUAUCAAAAGAAGCUAAGAUAAGCAGAGAAUUAAAAAGAGGAGGAGAGACGAAAAAGAUUGACUCAAAUGAUAGAAAAAAGAUAAAAAUCUAUUCAAAAGCAAGAUAAAAUUGAGAAACAUCAGUUUUAAAUGUAGGAGGAAAAGGCAUUAGAAACUAAGUAUCUUACUAAAGUAAAAGAUCAGAUGUAAAAAAUAUCAACUAAAGAGAAUAAAAUGAAAGAGUAAAUAUAAAAGCUGCUUCCAUUGAAACUUCAUCUCAAAGAUUGGCAAUCGAAGCUGAAGCUGGACGAGAAAUUAGAUGAUUCUUAUGAGAGAAGAGUGAGCAAGACGAAAGAGGAGAAAUUUGAUAAGCUUAUUGAGUAACUUUACAGCAUGGAAUGGACUAAGCUGAGAGAAGAGAAUGCAAUGGAAUUCCAAUAUAUGAAGAAUAAUGUCUUUAGAAAAAUAGAAAAAGCAGAAAACAUCAUCAAUAACUUAUGA